AUGCGUUGUGGACCCCUGUGUGGAUUCCUGUGGCUUUGGCUUUAUCUGUCCUACGUUCAAGCGGUGCCCAUCAAAAGAAUCCAGGAUGACACCAAAACCCUUAUCAAGACAAUUGUCACCAGGAUCAAUGACAUUUCACACAUGCAGUCGGUCUCCUCCAAACAGAAGGUUGCUGGGUUGGACUUCAUUCCUGGGCUCCGCUCUGUCCCAAGUUUGUCCAAGAUGGACCAGAUAUUAGCAAUCUACCAACAGAUCCUCACCAGUCUGCCUUCCAGAAAUGUGAUCCAAAUAUCUAACGACCUGGAGAACCUCCGGGCUCUUCUCCACCUGCUGGCCUCCUCCAAGAGAUGUCCCUUUCCCCGGUCCAGUGGCCAGGAGACCCUGGAGAGCCUGGGUGGUGUCCUGAAAGCCUCGCUCUACUCCAUGGAGGUGGUGGCCCUAAGUAGGCUUCAGGGGUCUCUGCGGGACAUGCUACGGCAGCUGGACCUCAACCCCAGGUGCUGA